CGGGCGCCGAGCUCUGCCAAGGCUGCUGCACCUCGUCUCGCAGCUGCCCUGCAGAGCCAGCUCCAGCUGUGAGGCUGUGGGCGCUGAGCCUCCAGACAUGAGUGUGGGCUUCAUUGGAGCAGGCCAGCUGGCCUUUGCGCUGGCCAAGGGCUUCACGGCAGCAGGUGUCUUGGCUGCUCACAAGAUAAUAGCCAGCUCCCCAGACAUGGACCUGGCCACCGUCUCCGCCCUCAGGAAGAUAGGGGUGAACUUGACGCCUCACAACAAGGAGACGGUGCAGCACAGCGAUGUUCUUUUCCUGGCCGUGAAGCCCCACAUCAUCCCCUUCAUCCUGGAUGAAAUUGGUGCUGACAUCAAGGACAGGCACAUCGUGGUGUCCUGUGCAGCUGGUGUUACCAUCAACUCCAUUGAGAAGAAGCUGACAGUGUUCCGGAAAGCUCCCAAAGUCAUCCGCUGCAUGACCAACACCCCAGUGGUGGUGCGAGAGGGGGUCACUGUGUAUGCCACAGGCACUCAUGCCCAGGUGGAGGAUGGCAGGCUUGUGGAGCAGCUCCUGGGCAGUGUGGGCUUCUGUACGGAGGUGGAAGAAGAUCUGAUUGAUGCUGUCACAGGGCUCAGUGGCAGUGGGCCCGCCUAUGUGAGCUCCAGGGUGUUCACAGCCCUGGAUGCCCUGGCUGAUGGUGGUGUGAAGAUGGGGCUUCCAAGGCGCCUGGCAGUCCGCCUCGGGGCCCAGGCUCUGCUGGGGGCAGCCAAGAUGCUUUUGGACUCUGAACAGCACCCAGGCCAGCUCAAGGACAAUGUCUGCUCUCCCGGUGGUGCCACCAUCCACGCCUUGCACGUGCUGGAAAGUGGAGGUUUCCGCUCCUUGCUCAUCAAUGCUGUGGAGGCCUCCUGCAUUCGCACACGGGAGCUACAGACCAUGGCUGACCAGGAGACAGUCUCCCCUGCCGCCAUCAAGAAGACUGUGCUGGACAAGGUGAAGCUGGGCUCCUGUGCCGGGGCCACUGUGUCCUCUUCCGGCCAUGCUACACCACUGCCCUGCAGCCUGGCCCCGGCAGGCAAAGACUGAUUCAUCCUGCACACUUACCUUCUGUUCUCUGAUUUCUUCCUUCCUUCUUUUUAUUCCUCCCUUUCUCCUUUCUUUCUUUCUUUCUUUUUUUGAGGAGGAGGAGCUUCAGAGCAGGGUCUCACUAAAGCCUAGACUGACUUAGAACUCACUGUAGCACCAGACUGACCUCAAACUCGCAGCCAUCAAUUCUCCUUCCUCAGGCUCCUGAGUGCUAGGACUGCAAGCGCAUGCCACUUGGCUAGCUCUGGUUUUUACUUUCUCUGUCCUGGCUUGCUGCUCCUGCCUUGGGGAUCUCUAGCCCAAAGUCACAUGGAAUGUCCCCUUAGUAGGUAACUGCUCACAACCAGAUAAACACAGAGGUCAGCUGGGAUCACAGCCAGUAAGGAAACCAUUACUUACCCCUGGAAACUGGGAUCCAUGGUCCCCAAGUACAAGUCUAAACCUAGGCUGGGCGGGGGUCCUCAAGCCUCCACCCCUCCGGCUUCUGGAGCUUGGGCUUGUGGGGUCUUCACUCGCUGGUCCCAGUGUCAGCUGGCUUAGGUUUGGUGCCUUUCUGCCCUCCACUCAGGAGGUCCUGUGAGGGCAAACUUGCCCCAGACAUCCCAUGCGCCAUACCAGGAACCACAUUUUCUUGGGCAACUGCCAGCCACCCAUGAGUCCUUGGACACUGGGGGAAAAGGCUUCUCAGGUAGUUGAACUUCCCGUGCCUACCAACACAGGCAGACCUUCCAUUCCAGCUCCUGACCUAAACUUAACAAAUGUCUCUUCUCUUCCCAUGAUUUUGGUUAAAUAAACUUUUUUUCCCCAUAA